AAUUUGACGUGACGUGACUUGACGUGACUGUACUUGUCGAAAGCGGUUGUCAGCAAGCAGCAUCAUGGUAGGUCGUUGUUCUUGUUUAUGUGUUAUGCAUUGUGAUGGUGACUUAAGCUGCUUGCUUAGUUGGUUGAUGUAGGUGGUCGUGUAUGUGUUGAUGGUAUGUAGUGUGAUGUAUUACCGACAUUGACUGGUAUUUGGCUAGCCUGGUAGUGACGACGAGGGAGGAGGAGGAGGCUGUGUUGUUAGCUAGAAUGUGAGGCAGGACUGAUUUACUUGCAGGUGAGAUGAGGUUCGACCUACAAUACGACGUGUUGUAGUAUCGGUUGUUGUGGCUAAUUAUUCGAUUGGUAAUAAUCUGGAUUAGUGUGAGUUGUGGCUGUCUGUCGAGUAGGCGAAGAUAGGAGGUGAAAUGUUAUCAGAUUAGGCGGGGGACUGGUUGUAUGCGUGUAUUAUCACGAGAAGUUGUAUGAGACAAUAUGUGAGAUUCGUUUUGGUAGUGUUUGAAGUUGUAAUCUGUUGUAAUUUUCUCCUUGGAGUAAGUUAAUCACAGCUUGUUUAUUUGUUUGUUUUUCAGCGUGAAUGUAUCAGUCUUCAUGUUGGUCAAGCGGGUGUCCAGAUGGGCGAUUCGUGUUGGGAGUUGUACUGUCUGGAGCACGGGAUUGAGCCAGAUGGGCGAGUGCUGGUUGACUCGACAAUUUCGACGAGUGGAAGUGGAAAUGACGCAUUCGGUACAUUCUUCAGUGAGACGGGUUCCGGUCAGUAUGUUCCACGCGCAGUGUUUGUGGAUCUUGAACCGACGGUGGUUGAUGGUUUACGCCAUGGGAAGUACAAGCAGUUAUUCCACCCGGAGCAGAUGAUUACUGGUCGGGAGGAUGCGGCGAAUAACUAUGCGCGUGGGCACUACACGGUGGGCAAGGAGCUGGUGGACGAAGUGUUGGAUCGGAUACGGAAGCUGUCGGAGAGAUGCACUGGUCUUCAAGGCUUUCUUAUAUUCCAUUCGUUUGGAGGUGGUACUGGUUCAGGUUUCACAUCGUUACUGAUGGAACGGCUGUCGGUGGACUUCGCGAAGAAGGCGAAACUGGAGUUCGCAGUAUAUCCCGCUCCACACAUCUCUACAGCCGUUGUUGAGCCGUAUAACUCAGUCCUGACGACUCAUACGACGUUGGAGCACUCAGAUUGUGCUUUCAUGGUGGACAACGAGGCGAUUUACGAGAUAUGCCGUCGAAAUCUGACCAUUGAUCGACCAUCAUACACGAACUUGAAUCGUCUGAUUGGCCAAGUUGUGAGCUCGAUAACAGCUUCACUUCGAUUCAGUGGCGCAUUGAAUGUGGAUUUGAACGAGUUCCAGACGAACCUUGUACCUUAUCCUCGUAUUCAUUUCCCGUUGACGACAUAUGCACCGAUCAUCUCAGCUGAGAAGGCAUUCCACGAGCAGCUGAGUGUCUCAGAGAUCACGAACUCGUGCUUUGAGCCAGUGAAUCAGAUGGUGAAGUGUGAUCCACGGAAUGGGAAGUAUAUGGCGUGUUGCUUGUUGUAUCGUGGUGACGUUGUUCCAAAGGAUGUGAAUUCAGCGAUAGCGAGUAUCAAGACCCGGAAGUGUAUUCAAUUUGUGGAUUGGUGCCCUACAGGUUUCAAGGUGGGCAUCAAUUAUCAGCCGCCUACGGUUGUUCCUGGUGGUGAUUUGGCCAAGGUGAAACGUGCUGUCUGUAUGUUGAGCAAUACAACGGCGAUAUCUGAAGCGUGGUCACGUUUGAACCGGAAAUUCGAUUUGAUGUAUUCGAAACGGGCUUUCGUGCACUGGUAUGUUGGUGAAGGUAUGGAGGAGGGUGAAUUUUCGGAGGCGCGAGAAGAUUUGGCUGCUCUGGAGCGAGAUUACGAAGAAGUGGCCAGUGAGACGAAUGUGGACGGGCAAUCAGACGACGGUUAUUGAUGUAACAUAAGUAAAUUUGGUUAUUUGGAUUGUAAUGUAAUUGAUCAGAGUUUUCUUUUGUACUUAUAAACAAACUUAUUAAACAACGAGCAUGUCUUUACUUGUUUUGCUUUGCGUAUUGUGUUUUGGUUAGUCGUAUAUAUAGUGGAUUGUAGUUGAUUGUGGUAGGCAGGACUUAGUAGGACCGUUGUAUCGGGUGUGAAAUGUGCGUUCGUGUAAGUGUCCGCGUGAUAAUGAUUGUCUCGCCUGAGCUGGAGUAUGAUUUUGAAUUGAGAUGUGUUAGGGUUUGUGUUGCUGUUUAUCCGUUCUAGAACCAACUCGUAAUCGAUUGAAGUGGUUGG